AUGGCCUCUCCCGCCGUGCAACAGACGCCUGCACGACCGGUACCAGGAAUAUGGCCUCAAACUCCUGCAACGCGACCUGGGAUACCAGCUCCAUCCUUUCGGUCUCCCGGGACGCCAUUCAAUCGGAACUCUCUCGUGCCUCAAGCCGCCAGCACCAAUAGUCUCACCCCUCUCAGACCGCAAGAUCCUCCAUCUCAAUCGUCAGUACGACACGCCGAGUCCCUUGAACCGCUUGAAAGAGCAGCCCGGACGAUCAACGAGUCUUUAGCGAUCGAGUCGCGGUUUCCAGACCUCGAUAGUUAUCUCUCGCAGGGUUAUUCGGCGGACUAUGAUAUUCAGUCGUCCGCAACAUGGGCGCCUUUUCAAAAGGCAGGAGUGCACAAAAUUCCCGAUGAAAUAUUCGAGCAGUACAACAAUGCGCAGUUAUCUACGAGCAUGGGACUGUUUGCGGAGCUGAGGCAUGCUUGGGUAACCAUUGACAACGCACUGUACAUGUGGGAUUAUACCUCUUCCAAGCCUGAGCUUCUUGGGUUCGAAGGGCAAAAUCACUGUAUCCUUGCUGUCAAGCUAUGUGUGCCGCGUGCGGGUGUAUUUCUCCCCAAUAUCAAGCAUGUCAUUGUCCUCGCUACGACCGCAGAUAUCUUUCUUUUGGGUUUGGGGCUGGAUCCACAGGCUGGGCCGGCCGGGGGAUUAUCUCUCUUUCAGACGGGCAUGUCUGUGUCUGUAAAGGGGCUCGACAUCAGUUUCAUUGCUUCCUCGGAUAAAACAGGGAGAAUCUUCUUUGGGGGACGGACAGAGAACGAGAUCUAUGAACUCACUUAUCAACAAGAAGACCGGUGGUUCUCAAGUCGAUGUUCCAAGAUCUGCCACACGAGUGGAGCGGCAAGAUCUCUGGCCUUGACAUUCACCAGCUUGGCAGGGGGCCACAAGGAGCACGUGGAGCAGAUUGUCGUGGACGACAGUCGGGAUUUGUUAUACACACUGUCGUCUACUUCCAAUAUCCGUGUCUUCCAUAUCAAACCCGAUGGUGGACUGAACCUUCUGAUCACGAAACCGGCCAAUGAGAUCUAUGCCAACAUUGGCCACAUCAUUACACAGAACAACUCGCUCAACUAUCAGGUGAAGAUUGUGUCGAUCUCGGCCAUCCCGGCUUCAGAGGCGUCGAGGUACCAUCUGGUUGCGACCACUGCCACAGGAUAUCGAAUAUACCUCAGCGCUACGAGUUCAGGAUAUUGGUCAACAUCCAAGUCCGUGGCGCCCAUUAGUAUGCAGGCUCAACAUGUCAAGGUCCCUCCCGUGAAUCCCACCCCUGGCACCACUGCAGCACCUCAGGGGUCUGAACAGCCGGGCGGUGUUCACCAAGCCAUCAAGACAUUGACAAUGACCAGACUGGCUGCCCGAUAUCCCCCAGGGUUCUUCUUCUGCUUCACAGCCCGCGACCCCAAUGCGCCAACGGAUCAACUUUUCAUUUCGGCGCCCGACGCAGGACGACUCGCUCGGCCCGCCGAACCCGGCCAGCCUAGUCGCACAAGUGAGUCUGCCAUGUGGCUAUCCUUGGGCAGCCGCGCAGAGGACAUUGGUUUAGUCGUCCCUUACUCGCCUCCGGUCUCGACACCUGUCGGCUUUGGUAACGACUUGGCCGUGCAAUUCGACAAACCGAUUCCAGAAGUGGCGAUUUUGACCAACACCGGCAUUCAUAUCCUUCGACGACGCCGAUUGGUAGACAUAUUUGCCGCUCUCAGCCGUCAGGGUGGUGGUCCAGAAGGGUUCCAGACCGAGAUCAACAAUCUCAUACGUGCUUAUGGCAGAACCGAAACACUGGCGACAGCUUUGGCGGUGGCCUGUGGUCAAGGGGUUGAGUUGACCAAGGACGCCCACGCCAUGCGGGUCAAUGACCCUGAAGUCCUCGAGCUUGCUCGGAAGACCUUCAUUGAGUACGGCGGCAAGCCGAGCAUAAAUCAAAACUCUAUUACGGACAAGUCUGUACCUUUGAUUGAAGCUGUACGGCCUUCCCCUCGUCAUCAAGCCACUGGUCUGUAUCUGUCGCGGCUGCUCCGAUCCACCUGGAAGAAUGUGAUUGCGGUCCAAGUGACCAGUCCGACUGGUUAUUCGAUCGAGCCAGCCGUGCCGAUCAGAAAGCUGAGAGAUGUCCAAGAAGCACUCUCAGCAUUGCAAAGAUUUUUCAAGACCAACAAGAGCUUCAUCAAGGGUCUCAGCGGCCCUGAUGACCUCUCAAGCACGAGUACCAAAGAUGACGAGAUUGCGCUGAAGGGCGAACAUCGCGCUUUGAACUCACUGGUGAAGUUCACCUCUGAUACUAUCGAAGGACUUUCAUUUAUUCUGGUCCUCUUCGAAGAGAAGGUGGCUGAGAUCAUCCCGCUGCUCCCCGAGGCAUCCCGGCCUCAGAUGUUACAAUUGACCUUCGAAGAACUCUUCACCACAAAGAAAGGCUACGACCUGGCCAAGGAGCUGGUUAAAGCUAUUGUUAAUCGCAAUAUCGCCAAAGGUUCCAAUGUGGAGACCGUGGCUGAAGCUUUGAGAAGAAAAUGCGGGAGCUUCUGCAGCGCCGAAGACGUGGUGAUAUUCAAGGCGCAGGAACAGUUGAAACGAGCAGCAGAAGCUGGGGCCAAUGCUGAGUUCUCCAGAAACCUGCUGAAUGAGAGUCUGAAGCUUUUUGAGCAGGUGGCUGACAGCCUCCCGGAUGACUAUCUAGAGUCCGCCGUGAAGCAAUACACGGAGCUGCAAUUCUUUGCCGGUGCUAUCCAAUUGGUGCUUAAAGUGGCCCAUGAGAGAGACAAGGCCAAUGAAGCUCUAUCUUGGAUGGCCGACGGUCGUCCCGAACCAGACGCUCGGAAGAGGAAAUUUGACACGAGAAGUCAAUGCUACGAUCUGAUCCAUGCCGUAAUUGUGGCGGUGGACAAGAGUGCAGAACAGAGUCCUGGGUUUGUCGACGGUCGCCCUUCCCUUGCCAUCACGAGAAGGAACGAGGCGUACGACGUGAUCAGCCGGUCCAAGGACGAGGCAUUUUUGACGAAUCUGUACGAUUGGUACGUCCAGCAAGGAUGGUAUGACCGGCUCUUGGCCACAGAAUCCGCCUUCAUUGUCACAUACCUUCAGCGCAAAUCCUCCGAAGACAUCACUUAUGCGGAUUUGUUGUGGAAAUACUAUGGCCAGGCAGGGCAGUUCACCGAGGCGGCCAAGAUUCAGUUACAGCUUGCUCGCAGCGCGUUCCCCUUGACGCUUGAGAAGAGGAUCGAGUACUUGAGCCGGGCCCGAGCCAACGCUUCCACCUACACCCCGGGCGGCAACCGAAAGAUCAAGCAGCAAUUGCUACAAGAAAUAUCCGAUCUGCUCGAUAUUGCCACUAUCCAAGAUGAAAUCCUUCAGCGGCUCAAAGAUGAUCCGCGGUUGGGCCCGGAACGAAGGCAGGAAGUCCUUGACCAGGUCAACGGGGCCAUUCUGGACAUCAACACGUUGUUCAACAAUUAUGCCGACAAUGCCGGUUACUAUGAUCUUUGCCUGAUGAUCUAUCAAGUUGCCGAUCAUCGCGACUCGUCGCAAAUCAAACAGACGUGGCAACAGUUGCUCCAGUCGGUGCACGACAAGACAGCCGAGGAGGAUGAGAUCCAGCCUUUCGAGGCCAUAGCCGAAGAGGUCCGAAGUCUAGGCAGCAAGCUGCGAACAUCCGAGACGACGUUCCCCGUCCAUGUCCUCCUGCCGAUUCUCGAAAAGUAUUCAUUUGAGCAUCAGCGCAAUGUCGCACCUGCUCAUUGGGUGGUUGACAUAUUCCUGGAGCUGGAAAUCCCCUACGAACGCUUGUUCGAGGUCCUCGAGACUAUGUUCUUCUCUGGUGAUGCCCCGUUCGUAGGGUCGAACCGGAAAUACAUUGCUUCAGAGAUUGCCUAUGUCGUUGGCAAAUGGUUCCAUGAUUCCAUGAGAGCUGGCACGGUCAUCUUUGGCAGUGAUACUGGAGCGGCCCGUGUGGAAGAGACCAUGCAAGCUCUUUUGCAGCAAAGUCGCGCCGCUGGCCUGGAUGACGAGACGGUUCAGGUGUGUCGGGUUGUGGUGGAGAAGAUUGGGCAGCUUCUAGGGUGA